UGUUCACGACGCGAUAAUUGCAAGUUAGGAGACUCUGUAGUGAAGCGUGGAAUCAAGCUAUGGAUUGGAAGAAAUCAAUUUUUAUACUACUGUAUUUACCAGCAAUUAUACAAGGCGUGGUUCACUUUAUCAAAAAUGAUAUUAUGAAUAAAAAUGGAAUUUGUUAUACCGACUCAGAGUACAACAAUGGACCCACAAUGGUGUUUCUACGUAAUGUAAAAAAAGGCUGCCCAAAACCAACCGACGAGACAUUCAUUGCUAAUGGGUUGAUAAAUGAUUGCAACUUGGUGAGCGCCAAUGGUUGCGGAAAUUGGACAACAUAUCAUUUUGAGCUAAAAACCAAUUUGGUUGAUGGAGACUGGUUUGACGAAUUUGAGCCCGUGCUUGACCAUCGUUGGAACUCGUUCAAAGAAAUUGUUACCUGUGGGGGUGGCGAUUUCACAAAUUGGACCAGAAUGAGGACUAAUAAAAGCCAAGGAAGGUUUCAUUACUCAGUUUUGACCUAUCAAAGUGCUUAUAUAUCACUGUCAAAACAUGAAAACCUGAAAAUUCAACCUGGGUUUCAAAUUGUCCUGGAUGGAUGGGGAAAUCAUCACAUGUCUUGCAUUCGCUACUGUACAAAUUUAUUGAACAGUAAAACUUGCACUAUACUUGCGGAAAAGGUAAAUGAAAAUAUAUUCAACGGAGGUAACGCUUGGGCUACUGUUACGGUUGAAUAUGAAAUGGACCCGCUCAAGUCACCGACAACUUUAAAAAAACUUUCUGUCUCAGUGAUGAACAAAAACUGGAAGCUUGAAUGUUCUGGGAAUAACUCACAUGAAAUAUUCAAUUUUGUUGCCUUCAAGACACAUGAAGAUGUGGGAUACUUCAGGAUUCAUAAGUAUAAUUACAUUGAAAAAGGACAAAAUCAAACCACGUUCACUUCAGAAAUCAAACAAGAACAGACCGCAGCCGCAAUAAGUUUGACUUAUUAUGUAAAAAACAAAACAAGUGACACUAUUUAUGUGCACACUUCAUCUGAUCGAAAUCCAUGGCAACCAACAAAGCUUCCAACUAACGCAGAAGGAAAGUGGCAAACGGCAACAAUUUUGCUCGUGAAUCUGACAAUUAAAAAAGCGAGUCUCUUUUUUCAACUCCGCGAGUUUGAAAAAAUUUGCAUAGGUCACAUAUCUUUGCUAAGCAGCGAAACUUUUGGGCAUGGCUUCAUGAUAUCUUCACGAGAAAAAAAUUUGCUUUCCUGUUCGAAUCUAGAUCAAAUUAACACAAUAUUAACAAACAAAACAUCGGAAAAAAUUGAAAAACUUGUCUUGAAGUCUGGAAAAGAUAGAGAAACUAUUUGCCAAAAGUUGGGAAGUGAUAAUUGCAGCAACAUCGAGGCGUGCGACACAACUGGCUGCUUCUGCAUUUCUGGAUUCAAAAGACAAAACAGAAAAUGCAUUGAAAAAUGCAGAGACAAAGAGUAUGGACCAAACUGCGACCUCCUAUCUGAAGUAAAUUGCCCUGGAGACCAUUUAAAUGUGCACACGGGAAAGUGUGGUUUGUGUGAACUGCACGGUUUUCAGCCACCAGAUUGUGCAAAACCCUGCCGGGAUCGCUCCUAUGGCCCAGACUGCGCCUUUCAACUACCUCAAAAUAGAAGUUGCAAUGGAGAUUAUAAUAAAACAACUGGCGUGUGCUUAUCUGGAUGCGAAUUCAGUGGCCAACAGCCCCCUUAUUGUGAUCGAGAUUGCGAUGAUGGAAAAUUUGGUGCAAAUUGCACCCAAGACCAGCCAUUUGGUAAAUGCAAGGGUAGUGGAUCUUAUGGAAAUUACAAUAAGGGUAAUGGUAAUUGCAUAGAUGGCUGUGCUCGAGCAUUUCAACCCCCACAGUGCUCAAAAGAAUGUGAUGACGGAGCUUUUGGAAUCAAUUGUGAAGAAAGAUGUCAAAAAGGUUGCUCAGGCCCUGGCGAUUACGGUGAAUACAAUAAAACUACAGGGCAGUGCUUGAAAGGCUGCAAAUUUAUUGGAAAACAGCCACCUUUAUGUAAUUCAGAUUGCUAUGACGGAAAAUUUGGGAAAAAUUGCAAGCAAGAACAGCCAAGUGGUAAAUGCAGGGGCGAUGGUUAUUUCGGAAGUUACAACAAGUUGAAUGGAAAUUGCAUAGACGGAUGCUCAAAAGCAGGAUUAAAACCUCCACAGUGCAUAGACGAAUGUGAAUAUGGAGAUUUUGGAUCCAAUUGUGAAGAAAAGCGCUUAAAAUAUUCAUGCUCAGGCUCCGGUGAAUACGGAGAAUACAACAAAUCUACUGGGCAAUGCUUGAACGGCUGCAAACAGAAUGGCAAACGACCACCAAAUUGCAAUACAUCCUGUACUAAUGGAACAUUUGGACCAAACUGCAGCAAACAGCUUAAAUCAGGCAAAUGCUCGGGUCAAGGAAAAUAUGGCGAUUAUGACAGCGCCACAGGCAACUGCAAGUGGGAUUGUGCAAGAGUAGGCUUUGAAUUCCCUUCAUGCGAGCAUGAAUGCAGAAACGGAAAAUACGGACAAAAUUGCAAGAUUCAACUGAAACAAAAUGUUUGCGCAGGCCAAGACCCUUAUGGUGAUUACUCAAAAUCUAAUGGUGACUGCAAGAGUUGCAAAUUCAAGGGCAAAAAACCUUCAAAAUGUGAACAUGACUGUGACGAGGGAUAUUUUGGUGAGGACUGCAAACAAAAGCAAAGUGAAAAAUGCUCAGGCAACUACCAUCGCGAUACAGGAAAUUGCAAAAAAAGCUGCGCUAAAUCCGGACUCAAAUUUCCAGAGUGUGAAAAACCUUGUGACCAAGGGAGGUAUGGAUUAAAUUGUUCUGGGGUUAUGAAAACUGGUAAAUGUGCUGGUCCGAUGCCAUAUGGUGCUUAUAAUAAGGAAACGGGCAAUUGCACUCAAGGCUGCGCUAAACCUGGCUUUUAUCCACCUGCUUGUGUUUCUCAUUGCAUAAAUGGAUCUUUUGGAUUAAACUGCAGCAAAAAAUUGGGAGAGAGAAAAUGCGUUGGUAAUUUUAAAUUUGGAAACUACAAUCCUUAUACGGGUGUAUGCAAUGGGGAUUGUUUGUAUCAUGGAGUUGAGCACCCUGAAUGUGAGAAAGACUGUCAAAAUGGAUCUUAUGGAAAACACUGUUUAUCUAAACUCUCACCUAAUUCAUGUGCAGAACAGAGCGUAGGAAAUUAUGAUAAGAAAACUGGUGAUUGCAAAAAAUGCGCUCAAUUAGGAUAUAAAUUGCCAAAAUGCACUGACCCAUGCGAGGAAGGAAAAUUUGGACAAGAUUGCCAGAGAACUUUAACCAAAUUAAAUAAAUGCUCUGGUGGCGGAAAUUAUGGAAAUUACAGUCGUGACUCAGGGAAUUGUUCAGUUUCUUGUAAGGAUCCAGGGUUCGAAUUUCCAUGGUGUGAAAAAGAAUGUGAAAAUGGAACUUAUGGGCAUCACUGCAACAAAACUUUAAGCAAGGUCAAAAAAUGCUCCGGUCAUGGAAAAUUUGGAAAUUACAUUCGUGAAUCGGGGAACUGCAAAAUUUCCUGCAAUGAGCCCGGUUUUGAAUUUCCUUGGUGUGAAAAAGAAUGUGAAGAGGGUAAAUUUGGACAGGAUUGUAGACAAAAUUUAACCAAAUUGAAAAAAUGCUCUGGUGCUGGUAAUUUCGGAAAUUACAGCCGCGAUUCUGGCAAUUGUAAUUUCUCCUGCGCAGAACCAGGAUUCCAAUAUCCAUGGUGUGAAAACGAAUGUGAAGAAGGAACAUUUGGACAACAUUGCCAACAAAAAUUAAAAGAAGGUAAAUGCUCAGGCGAUGGAAAUUUCGGAAACUACAGUCGUGACUCAGGGAAUUGUUCAGUUUCCUGCCAAGAGCCAGGGCUUGAAUUUCCUUGGUGUGAAAAAGAAUGUGAUGGAGGAAAGUUUGGGAACCACUGCGAGGAGCAACUAAAUGAAAAGAAGUGCUCAGGUGGUGGAAAAUAUGGUAAUUACUCAAAGGUAAAUGGACAAUGCAGGGAAACGUGCGAAAAGCCGGGAUUGCAGUUUCCAGACUGUGAGGAAGAAUGCCGAGAUGGAAAAAUUGGCAUUAACUGUAAUGAGGAGCCAGGUGAGGUCCAAGGACGUUGUUCUGGGGAAGGUGAAUUCGGAGGAUAUGAAAAAGCAACCGGUUACUGCAAACAGGGCUGCAGGUUUAUUGGAAUGCAACCACCAAUGUGCACCUCUGAGUGCAAGAAAGGGCAAUACGGGUUGAACUGCAAAGAAAAAUUGGACCCGUCGAAUUGCAAGGAUGAACUUUAUAAUGUAACAAACGCGCAUUGCUUAAAGGGGUGCGCACGCGAGGGACUAAUUGUUCCAAAUUGUCAGGAAGGAGCAAUUGAAGAAAAUAAUGGAAUUAUUUAUUAUUUUUUAAUUGGAAUAUUAGUCAUCGUAAUUUUGUUCUUGAUUAUCGUGUUGCGUAAGAAAUUCCUCCUCUAUAAACUUUUAUCAAGAAACCUUGAGUCUGAACCUGAAUAUGCAAUUCCACUUGAAGUGAUGGUUAAAUCUAAAAUAACCAUGAAUGAGCAGACAUCACUUAAAAAUUUUGGGAACACAGUCACAAUUGAAGAAUAUGCAGAUUAUUUUGCUACCGAAUUACAAUCUGAAAAUUUGUGCGAGCAAUUCCGCGCCUCUCCAAGAGGUCAAAUUAUGCCUAUAAAUAUUGGUUCGUCUGAAGAAAACAAAAAGAAGAACAGGGAUGGCGUGAUCCCAGCAUACGACGAGACGCGAGUUUGUCUUCAAACUAAAAUCAUUGAAGGAAAAAAAACCGCAAAGAAUGGAUACAUCAAUGCAAAUCACGUCAGGGUACUGGGAAAUAAAUAUGUGGCUACUCAAGGGCCCCUAGAGCAAACAGUUAAAGAUUUCUGGAGAAUGGUGUGGCAAGAAAAAGCCACCAUGAUUGUCAUGUUAGCUAAUUUGACGGAGAACGGGGAGGUGAAAUGUGCUAAAUACUGGCCAGAAAUAUUUGAAGUGGUUACGAUUGGUAGUUUGGAAAUCCGAAACAUCGACGAAAUCGUUUCUCUCGACUUUUUUAAACGAACACUGAGCGUGACAAAUGGGUCAAUCAAUCGCAAGAUUACGCAAAUGCAUUACACGGUAUGGCCGGAUCACGGGAUUCCAUUUAACGCACAGUCAACAGCUAUUUUUGUUGAAAAUGUUUUAAAAAUCUCAAUGGACGUACCCAUGAUUGUUCACUGCAGCUCUGGUGAGGGUCGAACAGGCGCAUACAUUAUGAUCGACGCAUGCUUGCGAAUGGCGAAAAGCCAGGGUCACUUGAACCCUUGUGGCGCAUUCAAGGAGAUGAGACGACAAAGAGCUAAUUUGGUAGAAACUGAGCCACAGUACAUUUUUGCCCACUUUGUUCUCUAUGAAGCUCUGUGCAUUCCAAAACUUGCAAUUCCAUGCAAAAAGUUCAAAGUUGAAUUAGGCAAAUUACUGCAAAACGGACAUAAAUUAUUGAAAACUCAACUGCAUCAAUUGAAUGAAAUCUGUGCCAAAGAUUGGAGUAGAAUGGAAAUUAGGGAUAGUGACCGCAUCCCAGAAAAAUGCAGGAAGCCGGAGCUUCAAGCAUUACCCCUGCGAUAUGUACGGUUGGUGCCUGAGGACGUUUUUUGUUGCCAGAAUACUUUCAUAAAUGCUGUUUACGUGGACGGAUACAAGCGAAAAAACGCAUUCAUAGCCACACAAGUCCCAUUGAGUGACACAGUCAGCGACUUCUGGCUCAUGGUUUACCAGCAAAGAGUCAAAAGCGUUAUAGUUCUUAAUGAAGCAGAGCCAAACGAGCCGAUAUUUCUUCCGUGCAAUGUAAGCAGUCCCCUGACAGGCGUGGGGUUUUCAGUUGGUCUCCAGAGUAAAGCAGUGAAAAAUAAUUACCAAACUCUCACGGUUGACAUAAAAAAGGGCUACGACAACUGGGUAGUUGAAGUUGUUUGCUUUGUUGGGUGGCCAGCCGAAUUCUUGACGGUUCCAAAGCUAGGCAAACUCGUAAAACUGUGCGAAGAUGAAGAAUUCAACCUCCACGAUGCGCCUACUGUUUUGAUCUGCCACGAUGGAGUUAUGGCUUGCGGCGCUAUAGUAGCGCUCAGUAUUAUUCUAGAAAAAAUAAAAAUGGAACAUGACGUAGACGUGGCCUCGGCAGUGCGAGCAGUGAGGAGUGUCAGGCCUGACUUUGUGUCAAAACUAGAGCAAUUCGAGAUGCUGUAUAGAUGCGCCUUGGAAUACAUACUGUCGUUUGCGACUUACAGAAAUUUGGAUUGAUACGUCGCCUGAGAAAAACAAUUUUAUUUAUAUUAUUAUUUUUUUUUAUUUAAGAACAAUUUUAUUUUACUUUACGUUUGAUGAAUUGAAACGCUGGGUUGACAGGUUUCAAUUCAAAACCUUAAUUCUCAAUAAUGAUCGUUCUCAAUCAAAGUUUUAUCAAUUUCAUGAUUAGAGUUUAUUAUAUUUUUUCUAUUAUUUUUAAGAAUUGUUUCAUUAAUCAUGAUAAUAUUAUAGUAUUAUGAAAAUAAAUAUUAUCGUUUUUAUCAGU